UAAGUGGCUCAGUAGAGGUGUGCGUGUAUAUGUGUAUGUGUGUAUAGUGAAUGUGUGCGCUCGCGCCAAAAAGUCGAAAAUGUCGACAAACCUCCUCCUAUCGUGGCAGCACGGCACCCCAUACGACAAUAAUUCUCCGCGCAACGAGUGAAUUUUGUUUAAUCAUCCGAAAAUAGCGUACCCGCUCAGGACACCAUAAUAUUCGGAGUCCUUAUAUUUUUUUAAAAGUUUUUUGUUUUAUUAUUUUCUCAUUUUUCGCUAAAUUGUAUUGGUUACACGUCGAUCAUAUUCAUUGUUGCCGUUACAGACAUUAUACAAUUAUAUUAUAUUAUAAUAGUCAAAUCACAUGACAUUUUGUACGUGAUGAUGGCCAAGAUGCGGUGCUUGUUCGUAGUUAACGUGCUCGUGUUGAAGAUCAUGGUCGGUGCUGCCGAAGUAGCAAACGGUCAAGCACCGUGGACUCACAAAGACACCGCUUCAACGUCCGCCGGGACGACGAUGACGGACGUCCGGAACGUGAUUUCGCCGCGGAUGGACUUCGAAGAGUGGACGCCGUUGGGCCGCGGCGAUCCGCUUAAAAACGACCCGACGUUCGACUACCUGCCGCCGGUGCUGGACCGAGUGCACUAUUGGAAACCGCCGCCGCCGGCCACUAACCGCGCGCACUUCUACUCGUCCGCGUCCACCGCGACGCCGACCACGCCGCCGUCGCAGGCUGUUCACGGCGGUUACAACCGACGGUUUUUCCUGACAGAUUUCUCGAAAAGGGAACCGGUAGUCGCGACUUACGCGGCAAUCAAGAGGCCGCCGCCCAACAACAGUCUGCUUCAGCCUCACCAUUAUCACCAGCACAACCAUCACCACCCGCAGCAGCAGCAGCAACAACAACAACAACAACAACAAAUCCAACACCACUCGCAAACGCUACAAGCGACACCCGCGGCCGGUUACCACUACUCGAUGCAUCCGGCCGCGCCCGUGCCCAGGACUCCGCUGCCGAUGCUCACUCCGCCGCCUUACCAACAGUGGCCGGCCACGGCGAGCGAUGUUCAGCGACAGUCGUCGUCGUCGCCGGACGUCCCAGGCAACGCGGUGGCCGAGAGCAAACAACCGCCGCCGACUAUGGUUCGGGCGCCCGCGUUACCCGUCUCGCCGUCGUCACAUCAUUUAGCUGUCGUCAAGGCUCUGUUGGACAACGAAAUCGACCGGACCACUGUCACGACCACCGGUACCGCGAUCACCGCGGCCGCUUGUAUGACGAGUUUUGAAAUUCGCAACUCAUUCGGUUCCUCAAAAUCAAAAUUAUAUGAAGUCUGAGUGGCUAGCAAUAUGUAUGGAAAUAUGACAGUAGCUCUAUCUUAGUAAUAAUUAAUAUUUUUGAAACUUU